AUGGAUUACUAUGUGUUGGGCAUAGCUAGGCAGGUUGUAAUCAUGAUGAUCGCGAUAUCAAUGCUAUUGCUGUUUGUGGGGAUAGGAACUCUGAUCGUGAUUCAUGUCUGUAUCGUUGGGAGAGCUUACAGAAGAGGAAUUGGAACCACUAACAUGCUGGAAAGAGGCAGUUUACCUAGCAACAGCAUGUCCCAUGAGGAUAUAGAAAAGCUCCCUUCCUAUGCUUUUCAGUCCAAAAAUAAAGGAACUAGUCGAAUUGAAUGUGCAGUUUGUUUGGAUAAUCUCAAGGUGGGUGAAAAGUGCAGAUUGUUGCCUCUGUGCAGUCACAGUUUUCAUGCUGAAUGCAUAGACUUGUGGCUCUUGAAAACCUCCAUUUGUCCAAUUUGCAGAGCUACUGCUGGUGGCUCGAUAUCUGGUGGAGAAAGUAGCCGCUACAGUGAAAGUGGUAGGCAGGAAUUAAACGGGGAAACGGCUGAAUUAGCAGAGACGAUAUUUGCACCAGAGAGUGACAAUCCCAUCAACAGUUCAAGCUUUGAGACGAUAGCAAAUCAUACAGGGAGUACAGCCCAAAACAGUGAGCAAUUGAGUGGAAUUGGUUCAAUAGAUGGCCAAAUUACUAGUGAAGUCUAUGUGAAGAUUAGUGAAACAAGUAAUGAUUUGAGAGAGAGCCAAGAAGAAGUUGUGCAUGCAAGUACUGAGAAUUCUACUGAGUUGAGAGCAACCCAACCUAUAGAAACUAUCCAUUUGGUCCAUGAAGAAACGCUACAAUCAAGAGAAUCCCAAACUGCUCAAUUAAACUUAGCUGAUCAGAGUUGA